UGUUCUUGUUCCUCCCAGCAAUGAAUAGGGCUGUGUGCUCUCUGUGAGUAACAAUGUGAGUCAGGGCCCUCCUCCUUAUCACACACUGCUGCUCAGAUACUGCACAGGUCCCUGCUCCUCACCUGUGUGUUGUACAUGGUCGCCAUAGUGAUACACCUUCUGCUUGUGCCUCGCACUACUGCUCAGAGCCACUCAUCUGCAAUGGGCAACGUUCUGGUCACCUGCUGGGAAUGUCACCUUCUUCAGUGAGAUUCUAAUCCAUUAUUAUUCUCUGGAAUUGAAUGUCUGUGGAUUCUUUAUUCUACUUGACCUCAGCCCGCCAGGUUGAGGACAAUUUAAAGAAUUUAGUUCCGUCAGACAGUAAUAAUAUGCCAAGAACAGUGCCAUCGGGAACUGGCAGUAUUACAUCCAUCAACCUAAACUCUAAAGAGCUGACAGAAAUCCCCCCUGAUGUAUUCAGAUGUACUAAUCUGCAGUGUCUGCUUCUCAGCAACAACUUCAUGACGCAUCUGCCAACAAGUCUAUGUCAUCUUUCUAAACUGGAAAUUUUGUCGCUUGAAGGGAAUGCCCUGGUUUCCUUACCCCCUGAAAUCUGCAGCCUUUCCCAGCUGACAGCUUUGAAUGUCAAUCAUAACCAAAUAGCAGUUUUGCCCCAUGAGAUAUCAGGUUUAAAGAACAUUAAGCAACUCUUCGCUAACAACAAUAAGCUGAGCCAACUGCCUCCAUGCUUGGGAGACCUCACAACCCUACAGGUUUUGUGUAUAAGUGGGAACUCAAUGAAAACUCUUCCAGACUCAACAGCCUCUCUUAAGAAUUUGCAUGUGCUAAACUUGGACGGCAAUCAGAUUUCUGCACUGCCAAAAGCUGUUUUCAGGCUUUCACAGCUUGUUAAGCUUUGCCUUUCUGGAAACCAGAUCAAAAGUCUACCGAAAGAAAUUGGGGAUCUCAAGAACCUGAGAGAGCUUUCUCUGAGCAGCAACCAGCUCACCUUCCUACCAGUCCAGCUCUACAAUCUGACCAGCCUGGAGGAGCUCACCCUAGAUGACAACAAGCUGACUGCUAUAUCAGAUAAGCUCCAAAACCUUAAACAGCUGAAGGUGCUCUCCAUUGCCAAUAACCUACUUACAGAUAUCACAGAAAAGGUGUGCUGGUGUCCUGCUAUCGAGUGCCUAAAACUGAAUGGCAACCAAAUGUACAGACUUCCUACAAAGAUUCAUAAUCUUAGGAAUUUAAAAGAGUUGCAUAUUGAAAGAAAUGCACUGGAAAUGCUACCAGACCAGCUGGCACAUCUAAACAACCUCUCUGUCAUUGUAUGUGCCAACAAUAAUCUGCUAUGGAUUCCAAUUGAACUGAAGAACUGCAACCAGAUAACCAAGCUAGACCUUAGUGGCAAUAAACUGUCAGAAGUGCCUCAAGCUUUGUCCUCCAUGACUUCUCUUUUGUAUUUAAAUCUGAACCAAAAUGAAAUUCACGAAAUUGCAAAUAGUAUCAUUCACAAUAGAAAACUAGAACAUUUGGAAUUAAGUGGAAAUAAACUAACUGUGUUCUCAGUGCACUUUUGUGGCCUUCACAACCUGGCCUACUUAGAUCUCAGUAGGAAUGAAAUAAACUCAGUUCCUUCAGCCAUAUCCAACCUGGAAUCCCUCAGUGAACUCCUCCUGCAUUCCAAUAAGUUUAGACGGUUUCCCAUUGAACUGUGUGCCUUAAAGUCCCUGCAGAAAAUUGACCUGUCAGGAAACCAGAUAGAGACUGUACCAUCAGGAAUCAGUUUAUUAGAAGGGCUUCGAUAUGUGAAUCUUUCCAACAAUAGUUUUAAGGUAUUUCCCAGGGAACUAUUUAGUGUUUCGUCGCUGGAAACUCUGAAGAUUAGCCAGAAAGAUGGCAGAAAGUUAAUAAGCCUUCCAGAUGAGCUGUCUAAAUUGAAGAACCUCAAGGAACUUGAAAUUUCAGACAAUAAUAUAAAAACCCUCCCGGGCAGCAUUGGAGAAAUGAAGAACUUGGUUCAGCUCACUGCAACCAGCAACCAACUGUACCAUCUUCCUGCAUCAAUAUCAUCCUUGGCUGCUCUUCAGCAGCUCAGCCUGAAAGGGAACCAGCUCACGUCCUUACCAAGUGACAUCUCUGGUCUACAGAAGCUGAGGGAAAUAAACCUAGAUAGUAAUCCAAUGCUCCGGCCUCCUUCCCUUCUGUGUGAUGGAAAGCGGCUGUAUCCGAUUGGACGCUAUUUACAAAGUGCCGACCUUAGAGACGAGAAAAUUUUACAGAAAACAUUCAAACUCAUCUCUAACAAUAUCCCUGCAGAGGACUUCAGCUUUUUCUGCAAGAAACUGAGAAUAAAAGAUGAAGAAGUGAAAGGAAUUGUGAAAAAUAGGUCGCUACAGCUCCCUGACAAAAUCCUGCAGGUGCUGAAUAUGUGGAAAAGUGAGCGGCACCCCCAGACUGCGCCGGAAGAUAUAGCGGAGCAGCUGAUACGAGUGCUCCUCAUGUGUGACUUACACAGUGCUGCACUGAAAGCCAAUGUAUUCAAGAUCAACACAAAAGCAAUUAAGUUCUAGGCAAUCCACACAUGCAGCAUUACGUUCUAUGGCUGCCAGGUUGGCACAUGUGGCUCCUCUUCUGUACAUUUUGGCUUUGUUUUUUGAAUAAACUAAAGGAUUACACUAGAUCCAGCUCAACUGCAAAUAUUAGUUUGAGUUUGCACAGAUAA